AUGACAGGCCGAGUCCGGAGCCCCGGCUAUCUUCGGGGCCUACUCAGGAUGCGCAGUGUGUCCACCACGAGCAUCCCAGCAUCCGCUUGCGCUCAGCUGUGGCAGAUCCGCCAGGGCCUCCGCCUCCUCCUCCUCCUCCUCGAGGGCCUGGAAAACAGCAGGAAUCUCCCCGCCUGCCCGGCGUCCAGAGCACCCCCUCCCCCUCCCCGCAGGACCCAGGGCGGAGUCGCCCACCUGUCACCAGAACGUCCCACGUGGGUUGCCAAGGCAACCGCUCUGGCCAGAGCGAGGCGCAUUGACGUCAGUAGCCGAGCUCUGAUUGGCCGCGGUCGGCUCGUUUCCGGUGGAGCCGUCGCCGAGCCGCUAUCGCAGAGUGGACCUCGCCCCGUGCAAGUCUCGCCCGCGCCGCCGCCCGCCCGUCCGCAGGUGAGUGCGGGCCCGCGGGCUGCUCCGGGAGCCAGCGGCCGCGAUGCCCCGCCGCGCGUUCCUGGAGGCGCGGGAGCGAGCCAAGAUGGCGCCCCGGGGAGCGCGCUGCGGGGGGACGGCCGCACCCCCUGCGCCUCCGAGGCGGCCGCAGGCCUCGCAUUCCCGGGUCGCAUCUGCACCCCCUCCUCCUCACGGGGCCCUAGGCCACCCGUGUCCCCCACCGUCCCGCCCCCGGCCUUCGCGUCUCCGUCUCCCCAGCCCUGCGCGGCCUUCGGGCCUCCCUCGGCUCCCCGGCCGCCUCCGCCCCCGCGCGCCAGCGGCCUCCGCGCUCGUCCUCCCUCCCCCACUUCCUGA